AUGGCUUCGAUCCAUGUGAUCUUAUGGCUGGACUUAAAACGCGCAGGCCCUCUCCCCCACAAGCACAAGUGAGUUGUGUUCGAGUCACUUUUUGACUUUGGCAAGUCUAUUUUAUCAGAAACAUCCAUGAUAUAUACACAUAAUUUGAGGGCUUCCCUUAGAUUGUCAGUAAGGAAGCUUGUUCCAGCAAUGGCAGGAAUGCUCUUUCGGUUACUUGUAAGCUUUUUGUUGAUUUCUAACCUUGUUUAUUGGAGCAAUAUUUCAAUCUCAACAAGGAGAACUGGAAGUCAGGUGCAUGGUCAUGAUCAAGUUCGUCCGAUUCUUGACGACACCCACCUGGUACUCCAGAGCAAGAAGAAGGAUCACGAUGAACAUAUCGCACAUGGAAGAAAGAUUGUAGAACUCAACGAUUAUCCUGGAUCUGGAGCCAACAAUCGUCACACUCCAAGACCACAAUUUGGCAGAUGUGUUGAUUGUUAGUUUCUCAAAUAUUAAAGGAGUGCACUUCAGUUAUCAUUCAGUUAUUGUAGGUGUGGAUGUAUCAUAGAACAUUAUUUAGCUGAUGAUUAAGUUCAGAUAGUUUGGAACUCACUAAAUAUAGAUAGUUUGGAAGUCAUUUAUUUUGGUUUCUGUCAAACUAUCUAAAACUUUGAAGAUUAGUAUGAAACUAGAUUUUACCAA